AUGUCGUGGUGGCACACGAAGCUCCUUCGCUACGGCCUGCGUUAUGGACUUUCGCAGACAGGCCUACUGGAAGAUACCGCCAUCGAUCUGGAUAAUCUCGACAUUACAUUCGGAAAGCAGAAUGUGAUCGAGCUCAAAGAUGUCGGUCUCAACAUCAAGAGAAUCGCCAAAUUGGCACAGCUGCCUCCGUGUGUUCGUCUCGAAACCGCUCGCGUGCUAUCGUUACGCCUGACAAUCCCUGCGGACUUCUACCAGUCAAGCAUCGUCGCUGAGAUCGAUGGAGUGGAACUACUGCUCCAGCUAGACGAUGCGUCCGAGCGGCCACCACCUCAAGAAUCAAACAAAUCGAGAUAUAGGUCGCCGGCCACAGCGCGAACGCCACAGCAUAGGAAGAUAAAUCGACGGUUAAACUCUCCUCCUGCGCAGCCGUCAGACGAGCGCAGAGAGCUUGAAGCUACUCUGACAGGCAACGGCAAGGGAGUUGAAGAGUCGAUCGUGAGUGAGAGUAGUGAUGGAGGUGAUACCGGUACGGGAAUGGGAAUUGGAGUUCCAGGAUUUCUGGCAGGCUUUCUCCGCGGACUGGGUGACCGAUUUCGGCUCGAAGUGAAGAACGUACAUAUCAGAGUCGAAACAGUCAUGCCAGGCGAGUUGAACGAAAGGAUGCCUGUCACUUUGAGGCUCAAACGAGUAGUUCAGCUCAGUGAUAUCAGCGUGGAUCUUCUGGCUCCCAUUGCGGCGAUUCCGAGACACGACGAAAGAUCGACAUCGGGCAGAUCUAUCGCCAGCAGCAAUACUCAGCCGCGAAGUAUGCAGCACCAGCGCGCAUCGGCCGAAACGUCGAAAGCCUCCGUGCUACAGCGUUCGCAGGCUCAGCUCAACGACUUUGCGACUGGAUCUCUUGUUGGCCAUCGCCCCAAAGAGUCAGUGGUAGCAUCAUCUAAGGUCUUACAAGCUUCACACCACCGCGACCUUCACGCUUCAAUGGCUUCCCCGUCUGCGAACUCUCAGUCAUCACGGAGUGACAGUCCUCCGGUUACGCCGACUGGUUCGGACGAUGACCAUGACGAAGCUGGAUCCAGCGAGCUGCUUGAGUCUCGGAUGUUCAGUCAUGAGGAAGCGCAAAGCAUCUACAUGAGUGCUGUGAUGGACAGUCCGAAAAUGGCGAUUCCAGGUGGCUGGGGUCAUGCGGGAAAUGAAGCAGAACCAAAUGUCCCUGACUCUGGCCUUUCCAUCGAUGGGAAUGCCUCAGGAUAUGCCACACCGCGAGCUCAGACUCCCAAACCAUCUGCGGAUGCCACUCGAACUCCAGAUGCACACCACGAAAUGGAGACACGACAGCUUGUUCACAUUGACACCUUGUCAAUAUCAAUUCCGAGCUCUCGAGCAACACCAAGUGAUGGCGCAGAGACGCGGUCUCUACAAUCGCAGCAUCUCGCCAAAUCGGUAUACGGGACUCGUGGCAUGCCUGGGACAUUUUCCGUGUACUCAGAACUUACCAGCUCAAGAAUGAGGGGAGCACCUACUGGGAAUGACCAGUCAAACAGCGCAUAUCUGCCCGAACUUUUGCAGUCCAGCGCAGCACAAGGAAAUACCAUCGAUGUGGCGUUUGUGCGCAUUGAACGCCUCAUCUGCUCAUUGAGGGAGACUGGUGAUAAUCAAAGCCUAGCCGCGCCCAAUGAUAAUGACGGUCUCAUCGAUGUCAUCGCCGAGCAAGAUCUUCUCACCUUCGAUCACGACAAUAGGAAUUCGUCGUCGGCGUCUCAGAUCAUGCUGAAGGACUCGCCAGCGAUCGCCAUGGACGUUGUUCGGAACAGGGUCCUCGUCAACAAGAGACCUGUCACCGAUGUCACGCUGCACACCGCCUCUCUGAAUCUCUCCGUCGAUCUGACAGUCAUUGACGAGACGUUUGACUCUUUCGGCGGUCUCAGCGGUGUGCUGGAGCUUGGUAGCUCGAUGUUGUCAGAGAGUGCCGCCAGUUCGCCGAUGUCAGCAAAAGCGCCCAAAGGUGUGCGCUUCGCAGGCGAUUCGGAGGGUAGUAAAGACCUUGGACCGGAAGUGAAACUCAAUGGUCGCAUCAAUGCUAUUAGCGUGGCCUUGCGAGGAGCGCCUUGUUCCGUGCACCUACAGACAAGCACGACGAGGCUCGUCUAUCGCGAAGUUGGGAUGAUCGCCACUGUCGAUCGCGUCUCGCUCAAAGGACCCAUCGUACAAGACCCAGCCCAGCCUGUGCCUAUCGUGGCAGAUUUGGCUACAGUGCGGGUCGAGUUCCAUCAGCAACCACAGGACAAAGAUCUCGAGCGAUUGCUUUCAUUGCUGACGCCAUCGAAAGACAAAUACGAUAACGAUGAUGACAUCCUGAUCGACACGCUAUUGAGACAGAGAAGGAAGGGCUCGCUCCUGCGCGCAGCAGUCGGCGACGUGAAGUUCAAGGUCGAGAGCUGGGGAUGCCUCCCAACUCUCGUUGCUCUGAGUGAUGAGCUGGUCAAGCUCAGUGCUGUCACGAAAUACCUGCCAGAAGACGAUAGACCUGGUCUGCUCACGCUACUUCGCAUCAAAUCUGGUGAAGCUCGAUUUCCAGUCAACGGACGCUUUGGUCUGCUUCGAUGUACUCUUCAAGAUCUUCAUCUCGCGCAUGUUGGUCUACCUGCUCUGCUUGCGUUUGCGAUUGGUGACAUGGCGGCCGAUCAAAUGGACGGAACCAGCCUUUUGCAUGCACUGGUACCAUCGGCUGAGGUCGAUGGGCUUCCGAUGGUAAUGGCACGCAUUCUUGGAGACGAGGAAGAGCCGACAGUCAAGAUCAAGCUGUUCAAUGUUGGCGUGGAGUAUAGCGUGCCAGUCCUACUCGAUCUCACCGACAUGGCCGAGAAUCUGGACGCCAACGAGAUUGUCAAUGUGAUCGCACAGUCAGUGGCGGACCUGACGAUGGACGUCAAAGGCCCGAAGCUUGAGCGUCUCUCGAGCGAUCUCUCCGUUCCACCAGCCAAGAGGACAAACAUCAAGCUCUUGGUGCACGACUCGGCUAUUGGGCUGACACCUCAGAGGCUCUUAAGCAAAGCCUACUUCGUGCUUACUGAUGCUUACGUCUCAACGCUUGUGCCGCCCGAAGACACUUUGUCUGUGAAGCUGGAGCUGCGCAAGGCAUCGCUAUUCCUGACAGACCGCAUUCUUGGCGAACCGAGCGACACUGUGCCUCAGACUGCUAAUGCAGUAAACCAUACGGACACCACGCAACGACUCGCAAGUACACUGAGCAAGCAAGGUUUCGUCUCAAUGGGAUCAAUCAUGUCUGCCAAAGUAGCUGUGCGUGUGAGACCAGGUAGUCUUGACUCGAAGCUUGUGCAGGUGAACGUCAACAACGAGUUGUGCUUGCUGGAAACGUGCGCAGACUCAACGCAGACACUGAUAGCGACACUGAGCGCUCUCGCUCCGCCGACACCACCUGACAAGCAGCCGAAAUACAACGUUGAGCCCAUUACCAUUGAGGAUAUGAUGGCUUCUUUCACUGGCGACCCCUGUGCGAAGCCAGGACUUGCAACCGAAACGCUCUUCGAUGCGGAAGCCGAUCAGGAAGACGAGCUAGACAUGCUGAUGGGCGCGUCAGGUCUCAGCGUCGCGGACGAUCUGCUUGCCGCAUCGGACAUGACCGCCAGCGUAUACCUUCCGAUGGGAGGCGACAUUGACGGUCCUGAUGAGGAUGAGACCAAGCAGCAGCAAGUCGAGCUGCCUUUCACCUUGAAGCUUCGUGAUUUCCAUAUCAUAUGGCACAUUUAUGAUGGCUACGAUUGGCAACGUACACGUGAUGGGAUUAUGGAAGCUGUCGAGCAAGUGGAGAUGAAGGCUGAAGAGCGUCGUGCUCGAAGACGGCAGUCGCUUAAUGAUCGAGAGGACGAUGACUCGGUCAUCGGCGACUUCCUUUUCAACUCGAUAUACAUCGGAGUGCCCGCCGACCACGAUGCGCAGGAACUGCGGCGGCAGAUCAACCGGAACAUCGACGAGCAGAUCAGCGAGACGGAGAGCAUUCCAGUGUCUGGGAUGUCCAGACCGACAGUCUACUCGACGUCUGGACAGCCUCGCAGACAGCGUCAGCGAAGACGACUCAAGCUCGGGCGCAGUAAGAACCACAAGAUUGCGUUCGAGCUCAAGGGCGUAUCCGCCGAUGUCCUGAUGUUUCCACUAAACAGCGGGGAAGUUGUGAGUUCUGUCGACUUGCGAGUGAAGGACUUUGAGAUCUUUGACAAGGUACCGACAUCAACAUGGCGCAAAUUCUUGACCCAUAUGGACAACGAUCCAAGCACACGGGAGAUGGCCAAGCCGAUGUUUCACAUCCAGUUGGACAAUGUCAAGACUUUGGAAAGCCACUCCGCGUCGGAGGUCGUCCUCAAGGUUACUGUGCUUCCACUCCGACUGCACGUCGACCAGGAUGCCCUCGACUUCAUCACUCGCUUCUUCGAAUUCAAGGACGAGUCGACUGUUUCCAACGAGCCGGCAGGCGAGCAGCCCUUCUUGCAGCGAGUGGAGAUCGACACCGUGGACAUGUGCCUCGACUACAAGCCAAAGAACGUCGAUUAUGUCGGCCUUCGCUCUGGCCGCACCACCGAGUUCAUGAACUUCAUCACGCUCGAUGCAUCCAUGAUUCGCCUCAAACACGCCAUCGUCUACGGUCUCCGAGGUUUCGACACCCUGCACCAGACCCUCAACGAUGUCUGGAUGCCCGACAUUCAAUCUAACCAACUCCCUGGCAUCCUCGCCGGUUUGGCACCAGUCCGGAGCCUCGUCAAUCUCGGCAGCGGCGUGCGUGACGUUGUCGCCAUUCCCGUGCGCGAAUACAAGAAAGACGGCCGCAUCGUCCGCAGCAUACAGAAAGGCGCUUUUCAAUUCGGCAAGACGACAGCCAGCGAAUUAGCCCGACUAGGAGCCAAGGUUGCACUGGGCACGCAGACCAUCCUCACGAACGCGGAGCAAUUCCUAUCACCUGACAUGUCUUCUCCAUCAUCUACCCGACCGGGCACUGCCCGCAUUUCCUCCUGGCACGACGCCGCCUCCGAAGACGACGAGCCCGAACAGCGCGCCAUCUCGGCGUACGCGAAUCAACCGCUUGGCGUCUUCGCGGGGCUACGAUCAGCGAGAAGAUAUCUCGAGCACGACCUUCUGACUGCGAAGGAUGCACUGAUUGCGGUGCGAGGCGAGUUCCUCGAAUCUCGCGGCCCAGGUGGUGUGGCUACGGCUGUGGCGAGACACGCACCUACAGUCUUGUUGAGACCAGUCAUCGGUGCAACGAGAGCGGUGGGCACGACUCUGCUCGGAGUAGGAAACCAGAUCGACCGGGAUAAUUUGAGGAGGAUGGACGAUAAAUACAAACCACGGUAG